AUGCGAUUCGUUUCAAGCUGGAGAAAGCCUUCAAGCCUUACCGGCCUCAAACGGGCUUCAAUAACAUGGGCUAUCCUCAGUCUUAUCGCAACCAGUUGUAAUGUCUUCGCGCUAGCAACAUCCAUUGCCGAUCCAUCGCAACGGCCUCGGGACCGGCAUCUGCAACGAAGAAGCGGGCAGAUCCCAAUAUAUAACGGUAUCCCUGGCGGGGGACAAGAGAGUGAGGCAGUCGAGUUGAGUUCCGAGAUACGAAUCAAACAACUGGCAACAACGGUAAACGACCAGGCUCCCACGACACCUGAUUGGAAUCAACCUCGACCUUCACCGGAAACGCCUAUAAAUCUAUCAACGUGUUCGCCUUCUCAAAACUCCUCCCUCCGAAUUGUUUCAAACUCUGGCGUUUGCGAGACUCAUCAUGGGGUGCAAACCUCUUCGGGAUACAUACCUAUCAAUCAGAAUCAGUCAAUGUUCUAUUGGCUUUUUGAGGCGCGGAAAAAUCCCGACACGGCACCUUUAGUACUAUGGUUAAAUGGCGGCCCAGGAAGUAGCUCGAUGAUCGGCCUUUUCCAAGAGAACGGUCCCUGUAGAAUCAAAUUAGAUUCAAGCGGUCUUGACAACAAUCCGUACUCUUGGACUGAAAGCGUGCCCUUCAACUUCACAUUCCGUAGGCUUUACAUAGAUCAGCCUAUCGGUGUAGGAUACUCCUAUGGUACUACGACUGUCAAGACUUCCUCAGAGGCAGCUAUUUCUGUUUAUAAUGCACUUCAACUAUUUUACUCAGAUAACAAGUAUAAAAAGUUCAUCGGGCGCGAUUUUGCUAUUUGGACGGAAUCAUAUGGAGGUCAUUAUGGCCCGACCAUGGCGGAUUAUUUUCUUCAGAUGAAUCAGAACGUCAGCCAAAGUGGCAACUUUCUAAUACCUGUCAAGACUCUAGGUAUCGGCAACGGUAUUGUUUCUCCCCUUAUUCAAUAUCCUUACUACAUGGAGUACGCGAAGUCGAAUCCGUAUGAACAGUUAGUAACCGAUGAUAUCAUCGCCAAUGCGACCAAAAUGUACAAUCAGGAAGGUGGAUGCAAGGAGCUGAUCACGCUUUGCCAGACCACGUCCGACCCAUUGCGAUGUUCAAAUGCCCAAGCUUUCUGCAAUAACAACAUUUUGGGAAUUCUCAACGGAAAGCGUGAUGUUUAUGAUGUUCGAUCACUUGAUCCCAAUCCGUAUCCACCAGAUCUUGAGCCCAUACUGUCUCAGAAAAGCUUUCAAGAAUCAAUUGGUGCGGAGACCAACUGGACACAAAGUAACGAGGAUGUUUAUGAUAAUUUCUUCAAAGGUGGCGAUUGGAUGAUGAGCUCGGCUCCUCAGUUAGAAAGAAUAAUCAAUUCAGGAGUAAGAACCUUAAUAUUUGAUGGUGAUGCAGACUACAUACUCAAUUACAUGGGAGUCGAAGCGAUGGUCGAUAGCCUCAAUACCACUUUCUCAGAACAGUAUAAACAACAGCAAUUUUCAGAUUGGUUGGUUGAUGGCCAGAAAGCUGGGCUGUACAAAAAUGCUGGCACUUUUUCUUACCUGCGAGUCUUUGGCGCAGGACAUCAAGUGCCAGCAUAUGGAUUUGAGAAAAUAGAUCCUGGGAAAGCUUCAUUGAUAUUUUUUCAACAAGUCAUGAACGGCCUUCCUAUCUCAAGUUGGCCAAUUGGAACCUCUUCUCUCUCUAACCCACAAAUGGAAAGCAGGCAGAGUUCUGCUGGUCGCUUAAAAUCUCCCUUCUCGCUCUUCAUCUCAUAG